CAGAUAGUAGGGCACAAAGAUAACAAGCUUUAUUUUGAACAAACAAUUUAGUCUAUCUUUUGACAAGUGUAUUGCAUCAAGCAAAUAAAAAUUUAACGUGUGUGAGUAAACGUUUUUGUUCGCUCUCCAUUAAAGAAAAUUUUUUCCACGAAGAAAGCUUUAUACAACAUGUCUCCUGGUCAUUCAAUACUGAUUACCUUGGCUGUGUUGUGCUUAUUCAUGGGUGCUGGUGCUGUGGUAGCAGGCGCAAUUGGUGACUCUUGGUACUUGUUUGGUUCGAACAUCAGAAUUGGUCUAUGGAAAACAUGUGUAAGAUCUAUUUGUAUGAAAAGAAGUAAUAUUUUUGAAUUUGGUGCAGCGGAUUCAGAUUUCGAUUCGGACAUCAUCAUAUUGGCAUUGGGUAUCUCAGCCUUUCUUUGUUUAAUGGCUGCCUUGACAACGCUUUGUUUAUUUUGUUGCCAACACAACACAGGAGCUUGGAGAUGUUGCGCAUUGUUGAUUUCCAUACUAUCCACAGUUGGAGCUCUUUGUGCAUUCGGUGGAGUUGGUUACAAUGAGUAUAGAGGAAGAUAUUUGUACAAGAUACAAGAACAUGGAUGGUCAGUAAUUUUAGCGUGGGUCGGUGCCACUGCUGAAUUCUUUGGUGCGAUUUUAGCCUACGUUCUGAUUUGCUUUGCUCCAAAUCUUGUUACAAGUGGUAUAAUCAUUGAAUCUGGACAUCCAAAUCGAGGUUAUGAAAUGAGAUAGUGUUGUUAAAAAUAUUUUUCUUGUAAAUUUGAGGUUUUUUCAGAUUUUAAUAUAUUACUAAUCACGAGAUUGUAUAGUUUUUAAAAUAGCAUUCUAAUUUUUAGAGAAAAUGUUCUCUUUUUGGUUGUUAAGGGAUCUUCUUACUUCUUACAGUCACGUGAAGGAACUUGCUGCUAUGCCAACGUGUGCUAUUAAGCAGACUCCUCUGGCAGUUUUUAUAAUACACGUUUAUAAAAAACCCCAAAAAAUUCCGAAAGAAAAUCCUUCUAUCCACUUUCCACUUAAUAAAUCUUGUUGCGUAGGUCUGCGUCUUUAUGCUUGCAGAAAGUUUCCAUCAAAUAUGUUUAAAAAGAGCCUAAUGUUAAACGUAUCAGUGUAUCUUGCCUCUGAGUCUGUUUGCCCCUCAAGCCACAGUCGUUAUAAAAGUAAAACGCACUGUAAAAUAGAAGAACUGAACCUUGUAAGUCGUUGUAAAAAGUAAUUGUUAAAAAUAAAAAUAAGUACGAGAAGUUUAA